CUAGAAGCAUGCUGUGGGACUUAGAUAAGCUGAUUAACAGGAGUAAACUAUAAAAUGGUGUGUUUGCCUGACUCUCUCUAUAACUGUCUUAAUCGCCUCUGUCGGUUAUAAGCUUCAAGACGAGAGGAAAUCAUCAGGAAAAAUGACUAGAGGACACACCUUCAUCUGUCUUCUGCCUUUACUGAUUGGGUGUUCAUCUCAGUCCUGUGAGAAGGAGACCGACUGCCCCAAAGAAAACCAGUAUGUUUUCGGCAAGGAAGUGUCACAGAUCCCAGUAAGUCUGAAAGCAGGUGUCACAGAGGUCUUCUUUGUGGAAAGUAACAUCACUGUCAUCCCAAAGGGGGCCUUCGCCACCAACCCGAGUCUGGAAAAGAUAGAGUUCAUCACCACCCCCACCGUGUCCAUAGAGAACGGUGCUUUCGAGGGAUUGGUCAAACUCAAGCAUAUUGAGAUCUCCAGUACCCCACUAACAUCCUUGUCUGUAGACGUCUUCCAAGACCUGCACAACCUGGAAGAACUUCUGCUGAAACUCAACAAGAUCCGUAGUCUGGAGAAAGGAUUGUUUGAUGGCCUUAAGAAACUGAGAGAACUCCAGUUACACAUAAACGAGAUUGACACCAUCGAGGAGGGGACAUUUGAUGACAUAGAAAACCUUCGGAUCCUCCAUCUGGCCAAAAACAACCUCAGUUCUGUGUCCUCCGCCCUGUUCUCAAAGCUGCACAAACUGGAGGUACUGAGGCUCUAUGGGAACCAACUUACCGCCAUUCCUGACGAUAUGUUAGAACAUUUAUCCAAUUUAAAGGAGAUCGCUCUGUAUAGUAACAAAAUCACUUCAAUAUCAGCUCAUUUGUUCCCACACAAAGACAAAUUAAACAAGAUACUUUUGGACAAUAACAUGUUGACUGAAUUGCCUUCAGAGAUAUUUGUGGGCCUUCCUCUGCUUAAAACAUUGACACUAAAUGGAAAUAAACUUGCAAGUCUACCUCCUGUCCUCUUUGGAGAGAUGCCCAAACUGACUGAGUUGAGUCUCAGUCGAAACAGUCUUACCAGUCUUCCUCAGGGAGUAUUUAGUCCUCUUAAGAAACUCAAGAAGUUGGAUCUGUCUAACAACCAAUUGUUCGCCGUAUCUGAAGAGUCUUUUGAGGGCCUUGAGAAGCUAACAGAACUCAAUCUUCAAUACAACCAGAUCAAAUCAUUGAAAGCAAACACCUUUGAAAAGCUGACAUCACUAACCACCCUUAGACUGGCUCACAAUAGCCUGGGGACUCUUCCAGAGGAUAUAUUUGACCCCCUACCAAAACUCAGCAAAGUCUAUUUAAACAACAACACUUGGCAUUGUGACUGCAGGAUGGUCCCCCUCUUCAAUUGGAUGAAGGCAAACCCUGGCAAGAUCAAGUCUAUGUCUCCUGAGAUCUGUAACCAGCCGGAGGAUUUAAAAGGACAAGAAAUCAUGUCUCUCAAAGAGGACCAGCUCAUAUGUCCUGUAUCUCCUCUGACCACCAUCCCUUCACUCACCACAACCACCACAAUGACCACAGCAACCACGACAGCCAAAACAACCACACCACUUGUAACCACCAUGACCACUACUACAGUCACAACUACAUUGACAACCCCUCAGCCACCUACAACCGCCCAGCCUACUACAACUACUUUGCCAACCACAAUGGCCACAACAACUGAAGCCACCACCCCAACUACAACCACCAUUGUGACCACCUCACUAAUAACCACAAGUCUGAUUCCCACCACCGGAAGGACAACCACAGCACUGACCACAACCACAUUACCCACAACCGCAAAAAUCAACACUUUAGCUCCUACCACAACCACCACCUUAGCCCCUACCACAACCACCUACUUAUCCCCUACCACAACCACCACCUUAGCCCCUACCACAACCACCAACUUAGCCCCUACCACAACCACCAACUUAGCCCCUACCACAACCACCAACUUAGCCCCUACCACAACCACCACCUUAGCCCCUACCACAACCACCACCUUAACUCCUACCACAACCACCACCUUAGCCCCUACCACAACCACCACCUUAGCCCCUACCACAACCACCACCUUAUCUCCUACCACAACCACCACCUUAGCCCCUACCACAACCACCACCUUAGCUCCUACCACAACCACCACUUUAGCUCCUACCACAACCACCAACUUAUCCCCUACCACAACCACCACCUUAGCCCCUACCACAACCACCACCUUAGCCCCUACCACAACCACCAACUUAUCCCCUACCACAACCACCACUUUAGAUCCUACCACAACCACCUUAGCCACAACCACAACCACUGUCUCAACCCCAAUACCCACCACCACACUUUUUACCACUAUCCCAACAACCACCAUCACAAGAACCACCCUGAGAGAUUCAACACAGCCACUGACCAAGCCAAGGAUCUUCAGCUGUCCCAACAUAGCACCUUCUCAUCGCCCGUCCCCCUCCUACUACACCCGCCAGGCCUGGAGCAAGGCCUCGCAGUGCAGGGCCCAGAUGAUAUCCUACACAGCCAUGCUGGUGGUGGAGAUAGGCUGCACCCUGGUGCUGGCUAAGUUCACCCUGUCUCUGUACAGCUUGCUCCAGCGCAGGGAGAGGCCGUACACACGGGUCAACCUGACUCACUUUUCCUACAGGAAGGAGAUCACGCUGAGGCCAGUCAAGGUGACAGAGACUGUGGGUCUGUGAUCAGAGGGGGGGGGGGGCAGAUGGUCCAGCUCCAUCCUCAGACAAUUGAUUUCAUUUUUGGUGAAAUUCUCAUUUCUGGAUAAGGCUUUAAAUACGGGAUAAAAAAAAACUGCUAUGUCACAUGAUUGCGCAAUACAAAGGGCCCUAGUGAUGGGGUAAGGUGAAAGAAAAUAGGGAAUGUUAGUCAUCUUUUCUGAAAAUUAAAUGAACACAAACAUAUCAAUCAAUCAAAUGUAUUCAUGAAUCCCUUUUUACAUCAGCCGAUGUUUUGGGGUGCAACAGCCCAGGAGUAGUCUAAUACAGUAACACGUUAUGUAAGUCAUAAAGAUAUUUUCUGUGCUGGUGUAAUUAUUGCUCAUAGUGAACAGGCCUACUUAGUUCAUACUCAUCUAAUAGUUGAAUGCCAAUACAAUAUCUACUGUACACUGAGUAUACCAAAUAUUAGGAAUACCUUCCUGAUAUUGAGUUGCGCAGAAAGCUCUCUCUGCAUUGUCUACUGAUGUAAAAAAAUAUAUACAAACAAAAUAAACUCUUAAAAAAAGAGA